UUCGGUUCGUGCAACAUGGUGGCCUGGCCCUCGGUAGGGCCCACCAUCCAGCCUCCCACACCGACUGACAUGCCAGGCCCACGCUUCAUGCUCACACGGUCACACCGUCACACUACCCCGCUGCUCGCACCACUAGGUCUCAUCGAACCCCUCGCCCGCCCUGCAAGCCGACUGCACGCUCUUGUCUCCUCCUCGCUCGCGCGCAAGGAGCGACAGGGCCUUCCCAAGAAGCGCACGCCGCCCCGCGACAGAGCGACAAUGGCCUCCGCCCGCCUGGUCGCGCUCGCGGUAAUGGCAGCCGUCGUCUGCUGCUCUCUGCCGGGCCCGGCCUCCGCGGCGGACGACGGGGAGGUGCGCGCGCUCCUGGAGCUCAAGGCGGCGCUGGACCCGACGGGCCGCCUGCUGCCGUCGUGGGCGCCCGGGCGUGACCCGUGCGGCGGCGGCGGCGGGGGGUUCGAGGGCGUGGCCUGCGACGCGCGCGGCGGGGUCGCCAACCUCUCGCUCCAGGGGAAAGGCCUGUCCGGGACGCUCUCCCCGGCCGUCGCGGGCCUCCGCGCGCUCACGGGGCUCUACCUCCACUACAACGCGCUCCGCGGCGCCGUGCCCCGGGAGCUCACCGGGCUCUCCCAGCUCACCGACCUCUACCUCGACGUCAACAACUUCUCCGGCGCCAUCCCGCCCGAGAUCGGCACCAUGGCCUCCCUGCAAGUGUUGCAGCUGUGCUACAAUCAGCUGACCGGGAGCAUCCCCACGCAGCUGGGGCUCCUCAACAAGCUGACGGUGCUUGCUCUGCAGUCCAACCACCUCAAUGGCGCCAUCCCCGCCAGCCUCGGCGACCUGCCCGAGCUGAUGCGGCUGGACUUGAGCUUCAACCACCUCUUCGGCUCCAUCCCGGUGCGGCUGGCCAAGCUGCCUCUGCUCGCGGCUUUCGAUGUCAGGAACAACUCGCUCACCGGCAGCGUGCCCGCCGAAUUGGCGAAGCUGGAGGGCGGAUUCCAGUACGGGAACAACACCGAUCUGUGCGGCACGGGGCUCCCCGAUCUCCGGCCGUGCACCCCGGCGGACCUCAUCGACCCCGACAGGCCGCAGCCGUUCAGCGCGGGCAUCGCGCCGGAUAUCACGCCGGGUUCCUCCUCCGAUGCGGGGCGCGGGCAUUGCAGCGGGACCCACUGCCCGCCAUCGACGAAGGCGCUCGCCGCCGCCGUGGUCGUCGCGGUGGUCAUUCUCGCGGCGACGGCGGCCGGGCUCUUCGCGUUCUCGUGGUACCGGUGGCGCAAGCAGAGGACCGCCGGCGCCGCCGCAGGCGCCCCGCCGGCGCCGGCGGGCGGGCGGUGCAGCACGGAGGCGACCAAGGAGCCGUCGUCGUUCCGCAAGAGCGCGUCGUCGACGCUGGUGAGCCUGGAGUACUCCAACGGGUGGGACCCGCUGUCGGACGGGCGGAGCGGCGCCGGGUUCUCCAAGGAGGUGUCCCCGAGCCUCCGGUUCAACAUGGAGGAGGUGGAGUCCGCGACGCAAUACUUCUCGGAGCUCAACCUCCUGGGGAAGAAGAAGAACAGGAAGAGCUCCGCUUCCGUCUCCAAGGCCACGUACAGGGGCACGCUGCGGGACGGAACCCCCGUGGUGGUGACGCGGCUGGGGAAGACUUGCUGCAAGCAGGAGGAGGCCGAGUUCCUCAAGGGCCUCAAGCUGCUCGCGGAGCUGCGGCACGACAACGUCGUGGGGCUCAGGGGGUUCUGCUGCUCCAGGGCAAGGGGGGAGUGCUUCCUCGUGCACGACUUCGUGCCCAACGGGAGCCUGUCGCAGUUCCUGGACGUCCACAACGGCGGCGGCGGUGCUCCAGGCCAUGGCGGACACGUCCUUGAGUGGUCCACGAGGGUGUCCAUCAUCAACGGCAUCGCUAAAGGGAUUGAGUAUCUGCACAGUAGCAGAGCAAACAAGCCCCCUCUUGUUCACCAAAACAUAUCGGCAGACAAAAUCCUGGUGGACUACACCUACAAACCUCUGAUAUCUGGUUCUGGCCUACACAAGCUCCUCGUCGACGACCUGGUCUUCUCGACCCUCAAAGCGAGUGCCGCCAUGGGAUACCUUGCCCCGGAGUACACCACCGUGGGGCGGUUCUCCGAGAAGAGCGACGUUUACGCAUUUGGGGUAAUCGUGUUUCAGAUCCUUACGGGUAAAAGAAAGACGAUGCAGCUGCCCUUCGAGUUUGGCAACGCAGAUGAGCUCAUCGACAGUAACCUGAAAGGGUGUUACUCAUUAACCGAAGCCACUAAACUGGCAAAGAUUGCAUUGGUCUGCACCAGUGAGAACCCAGACCAAAGACCUACAAUGGAAGAGCUGAUCAAAGAAUUGGGCACCUUGUGAUGGGGGCAUUCACUGCAGCUGUUCAUUCAGAUCACAUUCCUGACAGUGCGGCCCUGUGGGUGUAAUCUACUUAUCUAGGACCACUAAUCGCUGAUCUUAGAAGCCUCUCAGCUUCUCAGGUACCCAUAUUUAACCUAUGAUCAAUCCUGACUCCUGAGAUCUUGUAUUAUGCUAAUGUUGUGUUGUUACUAUAUUGCUCACUAAAGCAUGCAUUGAUAGCUUAGCAUGGAUUCGAUGUGCUCUUCUGUGUUAGGUGAAUGCAGCCAUUUCUUGCAAAACCUUUUCGCCCAGCCCUUGUGACUCCAAGUGUACAACCGAUCCUGUAAUCAUUUUGGAUCGAUCUCGUGCAGUGAGACCGUGAUGCCUCCAUCCAGGGAGGAAGAGCCAAGAGUCCUGGCCUCCUGGGGAUCAUGUGAACUAAGAUUGUUGUGUUGUCUUGUUUGUUGCUCCUGUCUGGUCCGGGCCAAAGUUCAACUUGACUCCACCGCUAUCUAGCCCGACCUUCUCCACCACACACGUGUCCUUUUUUUCUCUUUUAAUCUCUGGCGUCAUGGGAUUAACAAUCUCUGGCGACAUGGGAUUAACAGGAUGGUCCUCUCUUCCUACUUCCUCUCCUUUCUCUCUCUCCUCCCUCUCCUCUCCCUACGCUCUCUGCGCCAUGGGGAAGCCCGGCCUUGGUGCCUGUCCAAUCCAACUCCAUGCAGGAGAAGGAGGACGCCACGCCGUCGGGAGCAGCCGCUGUGGAGGACGCCUGGAGUCGUCGGGUCCCUGCACAUGGAUUGACUGCAUCAAAGGUGUAAUUUUUGUGCUGAUUUAGUGGGGAUCUUUCUGCUUAUUUAGCGAGGAUUCUGGAUACCACUUGGUAGUGUGAUUGAGGAUUGAGAGGUACCUGGUACCCAACUGUAUAAUUCCAUUUGUUUGACAUAGUUUAAUGUGCAUUUUAAUGCUAACGUACUAAGAUGUACCCCAUGUACUAGUCAUGUGCCUCGACGUAUUUGUGAUGUGCCUUGAUGUACUUGUCAUGUGCCUCGAUGUAUUUGUCAUGUACCUUGAUGUGUCUUGAUGUACUUGUCAUGUGCCUCGAUGUA